CUUCCUCCCUCCUGUCCGUGGGUGCCACCUCCUUCCUGUCAGUGGGUCAGUGCCACUUCUCGGUGGCACGCUCACUGCCCUGCAGCCGGUCCCUAGGCGGACGGUCCUCCACUCUAGUGGCUUGGCGUCGGGGACGGACGCUGGCAGUCAUGCACAGGGUUUUCUUCAGCGUUCGGGUCAGCUCCGUGCGGAGAGCCCACUGCUCCUGUCCUGGGCGAUGCUACCUCUCCUGCAGAGUCCCUUCUACUGCCGCCCUCCAAGCACCGAGUGGGCUUGGCUGCGCGCGCGUUCCAGGGGAGGCUGCAGGUGGAGCCGUCGGACCCGGCCCCUCGGGGACUGGUGGCUUCCUCUCCGGGUCCACGAUCCAGGCACUCGGAAGCUGGAAGGAUUGCGUCGGAGCCCCGCCUGCCCCAGACGUCUCCAGAGCCGACAGUAGUGCGGGUGAGGGCUGCCCUCAGAAGCUGGCGACGGCCAGUCUGCUACGCUUCUUCCUGCUCGUGCUCAUCCCCUGCAUCUGCGCCCUCAUCGUGCUGCUGGCCAUUCUGCUCUCCUUUGUGGGAACAUUACACAAGGUUUAUUUUAAAUCAAAUGACAGUGAACCUGUAGUCACUGAUGAUGAAGUUCAAGUUCCUGGUGUUUUCUUUGUAAAUACAGUAUAUAAUGAGAGCACAGGGGCACCCACUAUGGCCCCCAACCCAUCCCCUCCAGGCUGGACACCUAGAGCGCCUCCUCUCGAUGGGGACCAGAGUCACAGGAAUACAAGUGCCUGCAUGAACAUCACUCACAGCCAGUGUCAGAUUCUUCCCUACCACAGCACGCUGGCACCUAUCUUGCCAAUUGUCAAAAACAUGGACAUGGAGAAGUUCCUCAAGUUCUUCACGUACCUCCAUCGCCUCAGUUGCUAUCAACAUAUCCUGCUAUUUGGCUGUAGCCUCGCCUUCCCUGAGUGCGUCAUUGACGGUGAUGACAGGCGUGGCCUCCUGCCCUGUAGAUCCUUCUGUGAGGCUGCAAAAGAAGGCUGUGAGUCUGUACUGGGGAUGGUGAAUUUCUCCUGGCCAGAUUCCCUCAGAUGCUCUCAGUUUAGAGAUCACACUGAGAACAACAGCAAUGUCAGCAAGGUCUGCUUCUCACUGCUGCAGGAACAUGGAAAGCAAUCCCUGUGUGGAGGCCAGGAGAGCUUCCUGUGCUCAAGUGGACUCUGCAUCCCGAAGAAGCUGCAGUGUAAUGGCUACAAUGACUGCGAUGACUGGAGUGACGAGGCUCGCUGCAACUGCAGUGAAGACCUGUUCCACUGCCACACAGGCAAGUGUCUCAAUCACAGCCUCGUGUGUGAUGGGUAUGAUGACUGCGGAGAUCUGAGUGACGAGCAAAACUGUGAUUGCAAUCCCUCAAAGGAGCAUCGCUGCGGGGAUGGGCGCUGCAUCGCAGCUGAGUGGGUGUGUGAUGGGGACCAUGACUGUGUGGACAAGUCUGACGAGGUCAACUGCUCUUGUCACAGCCAGGGCCUGGUGGAAUGCAGAAGUGGACAGUGCAUUCCUAGCGCCUUCCAGUGCGAUGGAGACCAAGACUGUCAGGACGGGAGUGACGAGGAGAACUGCGGUGACAGUCAGGUGCCUUGUCCAGAAGGAGAUCAGGGGUGCCUCGACAGUUCCUGUCUCGAUUCAUGUGCUGGUAGCUCUCUGUGCAGCUCAGAUGGCAGCCUGAGGAAUUGUAGUCAAUGUGAGCCAAUUACUCUGGAACUCUGCAUGAAUUUGCCCUACAACCACACACAUUAUCCAAAUUACCUUGGCCACAGGAGUCAAAAGGAAGCAUCUAUCAGCUGGGAGUCAUCUCUCUUCCCUGCACUUGUUCAAACCAACUGUUACAAAUACCUCAUGUUUUUUGCUUGCACCAUUUUGGUUCCAAAGUGUGAUGUGAAUACAGGCCAACGCAUCCCCCCUUGCAGAUCCUUGUGUGAGCACUCCAAAGAACGUUGUGAGUCUGUUCUUGGGAUUGUAGGCCUCCAGUGGCCUGAAGACACAGACUGCCAUCAAUUUCCAGAGGGAAAUUCAGACAAUCAAACUUGCCUCCUUCCCAGUGAAGAUGUGCAAGAAUGUUCACCGAGCCACUUCAAGUGUCGCUCAGGACGGUGUGUUCUGGGUUCCAGAAGAUGUGAUGGUCAGGCCGACUGUGAUGAUGACAGUGAUGAAGAGAACUGUGGUUGCAAAGAGAGAGAUCUUUGGGAAUGUCCAUCCAAUAAACAAUGUCUGAAGCAUACAUUGAUCUGUGAUGGGUUUCCCGACUGCCCUGAUAGCGUGGACGAAAAAAACUGCUCAUUUUGCCAGGAUGAUGAGCUGGAAUGUGCCAACCAUGAGUGUGUGCCACGUGAUCUAUGGUGUGACGGAGAGGCCGAUUGCUUGGACAGUUCAGAUGAAUGGGACUGUGUGACCCUCUCUAAAAAUGGGAACUCCUCUUCAUUCCUGGCUGUUCACAGAUCUGCAACAGAACACCACGUGUGUGCUGACGGCUGGCAGGAGGCGUUGAGUCAGCUGGCCUGCAGGCAGAUGGGUUUAGGAGAACCAUCUGUAACUGAACGAACAAAAGGACAGGAAGGCCAGCAUUGGCUGAGGUUGCACUGGAGCUGGGAGAAUCUUAAUGGGACCACCUUGCAGAAGCUGCUGGUGCACAGGGAGUCCUGUCCAAGCAGAAGUAAGAUUUCCCUUCUGUGUACUAAGCAAGACUGUGGUCGCCGCCCUGCAGCACGAAUGAACAAGAGGAUCCUUGGGGGUCGGACUAGUCGUCCAGGGAGGUGGCCCUGGCAAUGCUCCCUGCAGAGUGAACCCAGCGGACACAUCUGUGGCUGCGUCCUCAUUGCCAAGAAGUGGGUUCUGACAGUUGCCCACUGCUUUGAGGGGAGAGAGGAUGCUGAUAUAUGGAAGGUGGUAUUUGGCAUAAACAACCUGGACCAUCCGUCAGACUUCAUGCAGACCCGCUUUGUGAAGACCAUCCUGCUACAUCCCCGUUACAAUCGAGCGGUGGUGGACUAUGACAUCAGUGUAGUGGAGCUGAGCGAUGACAUCCAUGAGACAAGCUACGUUAGACCUGUUUGCUUACCCAGCCCAGAGGAGUUUCUGGAACCAGAUACGUACUGCUACAUCACAGGCUGGGGCCACAUGGGCAACAAAAUGCCCUUUAAGCUGCAGGAGGGAGAAGUCCGCAUUAUUCCUCUGGAGCAGUGCCAGUCCUAUUUUGACAUGAAGACUAUCACCAGUCGGAUGAUAUGUGCUGGCUACGAGUCUGGCACUGUGGACUCAUGCAUGGGAGACAGUGGUGGGCCUCUGGUUUGUGAGCGACCCGGAGGACAGUGGACAUUAUUUGGUUUAACUUCAUGGGGCUCCGUCUGCUUUUCCAAAGUUCUGGGGCCUGGGGUGUAUAGCAACGUGUCCUACUUUGUUGAAUGGAUUGAAAGACAAAUAUAUAUCCAGACCUUUCUCCAAAAGGAAUUUCAAGAAUGAUCAGAGACUCAGCCAGAAACCCACACCAACAGCCCUCUUGACUGUGAGGAGUGUCCUGCUUAGAGCUGCACAAAUGGGCUUUUCAUGGACAGGGCGCUCAACAUGCAUUGCAUGACCUCUGGUUUGCAUCACAUCUGUUUUACUCCGCCUUUUAUUUUUUUCAACUUUAUCAUUCAUUCAUUUCAUGUGUUCUUUUAAAAACACAGAGCAAAGUUGGUUUUGUUCUUUCCCUAGGAUAACUUUGAAUGUAGUGUGGAAUUAUCAGCUCCGUAGGAACAACAUUUGGAGCUCUACAGUAACAAGUUACAGGAAGUUGCUUUUCAUAGUAUCACAACAAACACAAGGAGACACACUGCUGGGUCUCGUUCAAGCACAUUGGCUUAGUGGGCAGAUUUCAGAACUAACUUUGGAGCCUGGCUUUUAAAAAGCCAUGAUCAUGCACAUGCUUGCUUUAUUUUCUAGACUCUUCUAAAUAAUUUGGAGAUUAUAAAAGUGAAAAGACCCACAGUAUUGCUCUAGAUAGUUGAAACUGCAAGACACACAGAAUGUGAAAUUCUCUAGCCAUCGAAACUGACACUCAGAAGUAUAAUUCUACCCUUCCUGCAUUCAAACUAAGAUUGCAAUUUCAUAGAAAAUUUCCAUAGAACGUUCCCCAUUACUGGGGUUUUUCAAUGUAUGUCGGUUAGAUGGGUGAGAUUUCAAUGAUUAGGUCAUUUCUUGUAGAAAUAUUUGUUUGCCUAUGUGAAAUGAAUGAGAAUCCUCUUCACUUUGGAGACAGAGUGAGCGAGCGAGCGAGCGAGCGAGCGAGAGAGAGAGAGAGAGAGAGAGAGAGAAACAGAGAGAAAAGAAUAUUAAAUGGUACCCCACACCCAAUUAAAUCUGAAAAUUGGUCUUCCUGUGUUCACCCAAAUCAGAAAUGUCACAGAAAUAUAUUUCAAAGCAUAGAAAAAUGUUGCAUGGAGCAAAACAUUUUGCAAUUUCCCCUUAAUGAUGUCUAACAUCUGGUGUUGCCAUUUUGCCUCAUUGAUAAUUAAAACAAAAAUUUAAAGUUGUUUUUAAGCACUGGGCCACUUUACGCAAAUCAGUUUUUGAAGCAAUUAGUGGUUAAAAGUAUUUUUUCCACUAAAAAGCUUCAAAAACACAAACCUUCAUAUACACCUAAUUGAAUUAGUCUGACAUCAACUAAUGUAACAUCCAAAUGCCUUUUUGAACAAGUAGGAUGCACUACUAAACUUCACCAGCAACCAGACUGCCUCAGCAUUCCAAACAGGGACUACCUGCUAUUUUAUAUGUGUAUUUUGUACUCUUUUUCUAUGCGUCAAUAAGAGUUCAUAUCCAAAAAGUUGUUUCAACCCUUAUUUUCUGUGUUUAUUCAUCUCUUGUUCUGAAACUUGUUACAAGGAGUGUGUAGCACUUGUACUGUGUUCACAACUGUAUGAAGGUUUAAGAUCAUUGGACAGUUUUGUUAUAAUUGUUGGCACAUAGUUAAUGAAAACUUUUUUUAGCCUUGAUAAACUUAUAUUCAGUAAAAUGUACAUGUUGGAGUUAUUUUAAAUAAUUCUGCAUACAAAUGAAAUGAUAAUUUUUUCCUUGAGGAAUAAGGAUGGAAUAUAGACACCACGUUUCAGGAAAGUGGUUAUCUCUCUGAUAGCACAGUGGCGCCCAGUUUCCUGUCAGCCCAAAUUUGCACAUUGUAUAACUCACUCUCACAGGAACCUGCUCUUUUAGACUAGUAACAGCCUCAUCUCUAGUCUUAUGAGUUGCUAAUAGUAUUAAUCGUUCCUGGAGUACCGGAAGAAUACCAACUCUGCUAAGAGAACACGAGUCUUCAAUGUUCACAGUGUAUUUUUGCAAGUGUUCCUACUCUUUAGAAACCUUUUAUAAUAAAAACUAUAACCCAGA